GCUUCUACUCUUAUAAAUAUUAGUAUUGCUAUUACUAUUACUAUUACUAUUACUAUUACUAUCAGUAAUAAGAUAAGCUCUCGUAAUAGUAUCAAGCCCUAUAUCUUAUAUGAGUAAACCUGCAACCCAAGAAAAUCAUCCCCUUACCUCAAGGCAGCCUCCUCAAGAUGGCCCGGAAAAACGAGAAUGGAUAGACGAAAUCGCACCAGACAUGGAGGCUUAUCUAAAGACCCCACCUUCACACGGCUUAACCGAUAGUGAGGUUGCAGAACGACUAGCUCUUUUUGGGCGGAACGAACUACAGGAGACUAAACGCAACAAGCUACUACAUUUUCUCAGCUUUUUUACUGGCGCCAUUGCUUACUUGAUGGAACUCUCGGUAAUUCUCACCGCCGUAACCAGUGAUUGGGUAGACUUUGGAAUCAUCUUGGCGAUGUUGAUCAUCAACGCUAUCAUUGGUUACGCAGAAGAGUCCAAGGCCGAGUCGGCCAUUGACGCACUCAAACAAAGUCUUGCCCUCAAAUCCAAGUGCUGGAGAAACGGCAAGCUAGUCGAAGUCGAUGCAACCGAGCUUGUUAUUGGCGAUAUUCUUGUCAUUCGCCUGGGAGACAUCGUCCCAGCCGACGCCCGACUCCUUGGUCUAGGGGCCACAGGAGAAGCAACCGAAGGAGACAUCCAGUGCGACCAGAGUGCCCUGACAGGCGAGUCUUUGCCGGUUCGAAAGAGAGCCGGUGACAUUGUCUAUUCGUCCUGUAUUGUCAAACAAGGACAACAACUUGCAAUUGUGGUCCGUACCGGAAAGCACACCUUUAUUGGUCGAGCAGCCGGUCUGAUCACCAUAACCACAGACGCAGGAAAUUUCCAGAAAGUGAUCAACUACAUUGGCAAUUUCCUCAUCGCCGCCUCUAUUCUUCUGGUCUCAAUCAUCUUUAUCUACAACCUCGUCGAGCAAAAACUCAAGAAUGGUGAAGUAACUGGCCAAGAUGUUCUCAAUGCUCUCAAAGAAAUGGUAGUCCUUACUAUUGCAGCUAUUCCUGUUGGGUUGCCGACUGUAAUGUCAGUUACGAUGGCUGUUGGAGCAAAACAGUUGGCCAAGAAACAAGUCAUUGUCAAGAGACUCACGGCUGUUGAGGAGUUUGCCUCAGUCUCGAUUCUCUGCAGUGACAAGACUGGCACACUCACCUUGAAUGAACUGACCUUUGAUGAGCCAUAUCUCGUGAAUGGGCACACCAAGGAAGACAUCCUGCUGUACUCUUAUCUAUCGUCCGAGAUCGGCACCACAGACCCUAUUGAAUUUGCAAUCCGGACAGCUGCUGAGCAAUCGCAUCCCUUGGUUGACCCCUUGGGAAGCCACAAAGUUCAAGGAUACAAAGUUACUUCCUUUAUGCCUUUUAACCCUACCGAAAAGAUGUCCCAGGCAUCUGUAUAUGAAGAAAGCACCCGGAACACAUUCAGAGUGGCCAAAGGUGCCCCUCAAGUGAUUAUUGAACUUGUAGGAGGUGACCCGGAAGCUUCACGGAUGGUCGACAACCUGGCCAGCCGUGGUCUGCGCUCGCUGGGCGUGGCACGAACCAUUGCUGACAACAAAUGGAUCCUGGUCGGCAUGUUUAGUCUCAUUGAUCCUCCCCGACACGACUCGGCCGAAACUAUUCGCGAAUGCGCAAAAUAUGGUAUCACAGUCAAGAUGGUGACUGGUGACCAGACAGUCAUUGCCCGUGAGGUUGCACACCGUCUUGGCAUGGGCACAGAAAUAUUAGACGCUAGUGAGCUUGUUGAGCCCAACCAGUCCGAUCAGGUUAUUACUCAACGUUGCAUUCGUGCAGAUGGAUUUGCCCGUGUCAUACCAGAACAUAAGUACCGAGUUGUUGAGUUGCUUCAAAAUGAAGGAUACUUUGUAGCCAUGACUGGUGAUGGUGUUAAUGAUGCAGCAGCACUGAAGAAGGCUAAUGUCGGUAUUGCCGUCCAUGGUAGUACGGACGCAGCCCGGUCUGCAUCAGAUAUUGUUCUAUUGACACCCGGACUGGCAGCCAUUAUCGAUGGCAUCAAGACAUCGCGUAUCAUUUUCCAGCGCCUGCAAUCGUAUGCUCUGUACCGCAUCACAUCCACACUCCAUUUCCUGGUCUUUUUCUUUGUCAUCACGCUUGCCGAAGACUGGCGUAUGCCACCUGUAUUCCUUAUUCUGAUUUCUGUUCUAAACGAUGCAGCCACUCUUGUGAUGGCAGUCGACAAUGUCAGCAUUUCGCUCAAACCGGACCGCUGGAGACUUGAGCUUUUGAUGUUUUUGUCGUGUGUGCUGUGCUUAGUUUUGUCGAUGUUUUCGUUUGCACACUUUUAUAUCUUUAGAGAUGUUCUCAAGGUGACUCCGGGUGAAUUGGCUACUCUAAUGUAUCUUCAUAUAUCUUCUGCACCACAUUUUGUGAUAUUUUCUACACGUAUUGAGACAUACUGCUGGCGUAAUAUUCCUUCUUGGCCAUUUACAUUAGUUGUAUUGGGUACUCAGGUGAUCGCACUUUUUCUGUCAGUGUACGGAGUGUUUGGCGAAGAUCAAGAUAUUUCAGGAAUUGGCUGGCCUCGUGGUCUGAUUGUCCUGGCUAUCUCGCUUGGCACCUUCUUGGUCGUUGACGUCGUGAAGGUGUGGACCAUCAACCUUUGGAAUCACGCUCAGACACGCCGUAGAUCUGGAAAGAAGAACGAUAAGAUUACGCGUGCAAAAUUGUUUCAACAACAGCAUGAGAUGGAUUGGCAGAAUAAUGAUAAUAAUGGUAACAGUGGAGAGCCAGUGUACCCAAGGCAACCUCCGCCAAGCUACUGAUAAGAAUAAUAAGAAUAAUAUAAAAUAUAAAAUAUAAAAUAUAAUAUAAAAAUCAAAUAAAAUGAAAUGAAAUCCAUACAGGAAAUAAAUAUCUAUAGAUGAAGUUGUAUAUAUGAAUAUAUGAAUCAAUACUUUUGUUUUUGUUUUGUUUCAGCCUUUUCCCCCCGCAUUUCAUAUACAGUGCGGCUUUCUAUAAUAAGAGACAUAUAUUGGAUGUC